AGAGCUGAAAGCGGAGACCACACUGAAGCAUAAGCACGCAUACGGCCGACGCGACAGUUUCCCACGCGCAGCAGUAACUCGCCGCAAGCCGUUAAAAAAGUACAGUCCACCUCCGUGCAUUGCGGGGCCGCCACAAGCAAGGCCACAGCACCACCUCGCCAGGGGCCGCAGCGCCGCCGAAGAAGAGCGAUGGCCAAAGCCCUCGCCGUAACGGGCGCCCUCGCGUGCGGCGCCGCCGCCGCCUACUACCUCUACGGCCCAGCCGAGGACGACGACGACGCGGACGACCUCCCGACCGUCACCCCCUCGGAGUGUACACAAAUCAUGGAGAAGAUCACUAUGAUCAUGCAGCAACAAAUCAAUAAUUUAAUGAGAAAGAUCCAGGCCCAGGGCGCCCAGAUCCCCCAGCAGAUGCUCCAGAGUUACUUAGUGGAACACUUCGAAACCCAACUUAAGGAAGUGCAGUCCGUGGUCUUCCGGGAGUUCGGCAAGGACGAGGACGAGGUGGAACACGCUUGUGCGUAUUACGAAGCGAAGGAGACGCGGGAUGAUAAGGUCGUCGAGGCGUGCAACAACCUGAGGAGCCUGUACACGAAUGUCGGCGGGAGAGUCGAGUUGGAUUUACCUGAGGAUUUGACGGUCGAGAAGAUGUGUGUGAUCUUCGAGGAGUACAUGGGCGCCGUGCAGCAGGCUCAAAUAGCCUUCUCGCAACAUCUGCAGCAGUUGAAGGCUCGAGGCGCGCAGGUCACGACGUCCCAAUUGAAUGAAACUAGAAACAACCUCAUGCAGAACCACGUACUGACGGUGCUCAAGAAGUACGACAUGACGAACUUACUGUGGGUGGCGGCUUUGGAGAAGUACAGCGAUUCCCAAGUGUUCAAGGCGGCGGUCGAGCGGUGCAAGAAGGGCGGCGCGGCGCCCUAG